UUUUGUUGUAAAUAAUGGGGCUGCAAGUGGCAGCAGCAUUGCCAACAGCAGCCAAUAUUGUUGCAGUUACAACAGCUACACUAUUUGUGUUGUUAAUCUGGACACCAGUUGUUAUUGAUGCAGUCCAUGCAAAUUUUUCGGAUUUUCCAUAUAUACAAUAUCUGACACAUCCACCGGAAAUCACCAAGAAACCCCAAAAUCUGGGCGUACGAGUGGGAGGAGUUGCAACAUUCUAUUGUGCGGCCCGGGGUGAUCCGCCGCCUACGAUAGUUUGGAGGAAAAAUGGGAAGAAAGUAUCAGGCACCCAAUCACGUUACACGGUAUUGGAACAACCGGGAGGUGUUUCAAUAUUACGCAUUGAGCCAGUACGUUCGGGACGUGAUGAUGCUCCAUAUGAGUGCGUAGCUGAGAAUGGUGUUGGCGAUGCUGUAUCAGCAGAUGCUACAUUAACAGUAUAUGAAGUUGACAAACCACCACCAGGCUUUCCCGUUAUCAUCCAGCAUCCCAGCUUGCGUGUCAUUGAAGUGGGCCAUACGGCAACGAUGCAAUGUAAGGCAACCGGUAAUCCAACACCUGUGAUAUAUUGGAUUAAGAAUCAGACAAGAGUCGACAUGACUAAUCCACGAUAUUCGUUAAAAGACGGUGGUUUACAAAUUGAAAAUAGUCGUGAAGAGGAUCAAGGCAAAUAUGAAUGUGUGGCGGAAAAUUCUGUGGGUACGGAACACUCAAAGGCCACAAAUUUGUAUGUAAAGGUACGCCGAGUCUCACCAACCUUUUCGCGGCCACCAGAGCCCAUCAAUGAGGUUAUGUUGGGUUCCAACCUCAAUUUAUCCUGUAUAGCUGUGGGUUCGCCCAUGCCUCAUGUGAAGUGGAUGAAGGGUGCCCAAGAUUUGACACCCGAAGAUAACAUACCCAUUGGCCGUAACAUUUUGGAAUUGACAAACAUACAACAGAGUGCUAAUUACACGUGCAUUGCCUCAUCGUCAUUGGGUCAAAUUGAAGCCGUAGCUGUGGUCAAAGUUCAAUCAUUACCCACUGCACCCACAGACAUAACCAUAUCGGAAGUAACAGCCACCUCAUUACGUCUCCAGUGGUCCUAUAAAGGUCCAGAGGAUUUAAUGUAUUAUGUGAUACAAUAUAAGCCGAAGAAUGCUAAUCAGGCCUUCAGCGAAAUCAGCGGCAUUAUCACCAUGUAUUAUACGGUACGAGCCUUGAGUCCCUACACAGAAUAUGAAUUCUAUGUGAUAGCUGUAAAUAAUAUUGGUAGAGGACCGCCAUCGAUACCAGCGACUUGUACCACUGGUGAUUUUACAUAUGGUGGAGCAAAAAUGGAAAGUGCCCCACGUAAUGUACAAGUCCGACCAUUAUCGUCAUCGACAAUGGUCAUAACAUGGGAACCCCCAGAGACCCCCAAUGGACAAGUGACCGGCUACAAAAUCUACUAUACCACAGAUCCCAAUCAACCCGAAGCCUCUUGGAAAUCCCAAGUGCUUGAUAAUAGUGAAUUGACCACAAUAUCCGAACUGACACCACAUGCCAUCUAUACGGUACGUGUUCAGGCCUUUACAUCAAUGGGAGCUGGUCCAAUGUCCACACCGGUUCAAGUGAAAACACAACAAGGUGUCCCUUCACAGCCAAGCAAUUUCCGGGCCACCGAUAUCGGUGAGACCGCAGUUACAUUGCAAUGGUCUCGACCGACACAUUCCAGUGAAAAUAUCGUCCAUUACGAGCUAUACUGGAAUGACACAUAUGCAAAUCAGGCCCAUCACAAGCGUAUUUCGAACACCGAAUCUUAUACGCUAGAUGGUUUGUAUCCUGAUACAUUGUAUUAUAUAUGGCUGGCCGCUCGUUCCCAAAGAGGCGAAGGUGCAACAACCCCACCCAUACCCGUCCGUACAAAACAAUAUGUACCAGGUGCCCCACCACGCAAUAUCACUGCCAAAGCCACUAGCCCCACCACCAUAGCCGUCAAUUGGUCACCACCGCCCGAGGAACGUUCCAAUGGCCGUAUUAUUUAUUACAAGGUAUUCUAUGUGGAGGUCGGUCGUACCGACAACGAGGCCACAAUAACGACACUGAACGAUACCCGCAUCUUGUUGGAUGAAUUGAAACGUUGGACCGAAUAUAAAAUAUGGGUGUUGGCCGGUACAUCCGUUGGCGAUGGACCGCGUUCACAUCCGAUUAUUGUGCGCACCCAUGAAGAUG